UUUCAGCGGUGCCGAGCUGUAGGGAUAUCUGACGAAUCAGAUACGCGCCUGUUCUGUGAUAUAUCUCGCUACCAACGCAACUAAAUCAGAUAUGUGUCUUCAAAAGAGCUUUUCAUGCAACCAGACCGUUCGUCUAACGGGGUUGAUACAACAUACUGCCGCACGUUGGCUAGUUCGUGCAUGAAGUUUCAUUGUAACAGGAGCCAGCAUACUUUCGUGCCCUGUCUGUGCCGUACCCAUGCAGAUUCGCAAGCGCACAUGGUAUAACCCUAGCUUCUAUAGAUAUAGAAAUCCCAGGAGGUUGGAAUAUUUAUAUGCAGGAUACUAGCCAUGAAUUCAUGUCCAAGUCCAGCUCUCUAGUCAUUAAAUUUAAAAGCUGUGUAUAAGGAUCCAACUCGGAUUACAGCAGAACGAAUUUCAAACAAUCAAUAACCACUCGUAUCAUUCAGAAAGAGACACGAUGGCAGCAUCACAGAAGCCGGGACAUUCCCUCAAGUACGACCCUGAGUUCGGGGCGUUUUGGGCAAAACUUGGUGGUGUAGCCCAACCGGCGGCUGAGCAGCCGAUAACUGAGCUGCGUGAAGUCAACGACGGCUUUAUGCGUGCCAUGUUCGCUCAGUUCCCAGCGCAGCCUCACGUCGUCAGAACUAAGCACUCAACUAAGUCAUACGAUGGCACCGAGAUCGAUGUCUACCGGUAUGCCACCGAGGAACAAAGAUCCAGCAAGACGCCACUACCGGCAGUCUUACACAUACACGGCGGAGGUAUGAUGGCCGGAACUGUCGACAUCUUCGCACCUUAUAUCGCUGGCCUAGUCAACGACACGGGCGUCCAAUUCUUCGCUGUCGAGUACCGCCUUGCGCCCGAGAACCCCGACCCUACUCCGGUCGAAGACAGCUAUGCGUCCCUAAAGUGGAUCGUAGAGCACGCCGCUGAAUUCAAUGUCGAUGCCACACGGCUCGGUGUUAUGGGCGACAGCGCUGGUGCCGGUCUUGCUGCAGGGACGGCGCUCCUAGCUCGCGACCGUGGCUUAAAACCUUCGCUGAAGAAGCAGAUCCUUAUCUACCCCAUGCUUGACGACAGGACCAUCACAGCCUACCACGCUCCCGACUACCAGAAUCCACUGAAGGAUUUCGUGGUCCUCCCCACAGACACCCUCGUCCGCUGCUGGGAGCUCUACCUUGGCAAGGACAAAGCGGGCAAGCCCGAAGCCGAUGUGAGCCCUUAUGCAGCGCCGUCGCGAGCAAAGGACUUAAGCGGACUACCCCCUGCAUAUAUCGAAGUCGGUAACCUCGACUGGUUCAGAGACGAGUCGAUCGACUAUGCCACACGAUUGACCAACGCGCACACCGAAGUUGAAUUCCACAUCUUCCCCGGUGUACCUCACGGGUUCGAGGUGGCCGGUCCCAUCAGCACGACCAAGAAGGCUGUAGAGCUACGAACCAAGGCCAUACAAGACCUGUAAAUAAUGAGAAUAAUGAGAUAGAUGAAAAAUCACUCGAGUAAAACUACGUCGAGAAAA